AUGGAGUUCUGGUUGGACUGGCUUAUGGCAGAGGAGGAGCAUGCUAAGAUGGUGAAGAGGGUGAAGGGAAAGCAGAAAGAGAGGGUGAAGAUGAAGUGCACAAUCUGCAUAGAAAAAAUGGAGGCCUUGAGAAAAGCAGCAGAGAAGCAAAGAGAGCAGGAAAGAUUGGCUCAGAAGAAGACCAAGAAAGAGCAGAAAAGGCUGAGGGCAGAGAAAGAUGCAUGGAGGUUGGUAGAGGCUGAAAAAAUAGAGAGAAUAGAGAGCUGCAGAGGUGGAGAAACUCUGGUGGAGAGUAUGGAUUAUCUUCACAGGAGGAUGCUGGUUGAAAUGAGAUUGGAUCCAGCUGGACCUGAGACACAUUUGGUGAAGGCUCCUCAAAUUGAGGCAGAAUAUGAGGGUGAAGAAACUGAUAGUGAUACUGAGGAUGGGACCAGAGCCAGUCCCAGGAAAAGAGUGAGGUUGAAUGUGGUAGUGCCAGUGGAGAAUGAGAGAAAAACUACUGCUGGAUGCAGUCAAACUUAUGCAUGCUGUAAGGUCAAGAAGGCAGUGUGCUCAUUUAACCAGGAAAGCAGUGCUAGCAGAGUUGUGGGAAAUGUGAAGAUCACUACUGCUCUUUAGAAAAUAAAUAGCAAUAUGAAGAAGUUAUAGAGCCAAAUAGACAAACUCAUGAAAGAGGUAAUGAGUUAGAUAGACAAUGUUAGGCUUCCACUAACACUUACAAAUCUCUAGCACUGCUUUCAUCAGGG